GGACUUUCUAAUUUGAAGCGUGGCCGCGAUCAAUAUUUUUGUGAAAUUCCGGGGAACAAAAACUUAUUUGUGCGAUUUGAAAUAUACAUUUGUUCAGCAUGGAUGAUCGCGGCAUGUUGAGCCUCGUGAAGAAGGUGGUGCACUCGCUGGUGGUCUCCUCGCCGGGAAGAAUGACCAUAGAGAAGCUGAUGCGCGACUAUCGCAGCGAAGAAGGCUGCAAUGUUCCCUACAUGAAGCUGGGAUUCAAGGAUGCCGAAUCCUUCCUGCGCUCUAUUCCGGAUACGGUUAGGGUAAUGGGCCACGGAACUAUGGCCUUGGUAACUGCAGUGACCACCGAAAAAUCGGCGCACAUUCAGCAAUUGGUUAAUGGCCAAAAGAAGCCCUCUUUGAGGGCCAGAAGUCGACCGAACCACAAACCAAAGUAUUGCUUCCCCUCGCAGCCUUCGAAUUUGAACUUUAUAAACGCUGUGCCCAAAAUGAGUCAACGAAACAUGCCGUCCCGAACUUAUCAGCGACCCAACAACCAUUACGUUCCCAUUUCAUAUCCCAAUUAUAGUCGACUGAUGGCUCCUCCCGUCCACACACCGAUGGUCUUUGAGAAUAUUGACGCCCUGAUCCGCGCAGGACAGCAGCAGAGCACUCCCAGACCGCAAGAAAACUCUUUUGUACAUUCAAGAAAUCCUGAACCGUUGAAAAGGGUAAAUCAGAUGGAGAACUUCCAGAAACCGGAGCCCUUAAAGGAGCAAAAUCAUCAAACACCGAACAUUGCAAGGCCUCCAUCUCCUGUUAAGAUUAGAGAAUUGGAAAAGGAUACCGAGGAAUUGGUGGAAGCUUUCGAAAACCUCACUGUGGAUGCUGCGCCCACUGGUUACAUAGAGAAGCAGGAAUAUGAGAUUUACGACUCUGAUGAGGAGGAAUUCGUAAAGGAUCCUUUUAGCUCGGAAGAGGGAGAGCAGAACUCCAUACCUAUAAUCGAAAUUUUAGAUUCAGAUGAGGAAGACGAGGCAGUGGUGCUCGAAAUGGAGCCGGUUUCCCAGCCCCAUAAUAAUAUUAUAUCCAAAACCGAGAUUCAGGAGGAUAUUGGCAAGCCUCUUGGACCCCAAGAGCCCUUCUUCGCUUACGAGUCUUCCGAUGAUGGCGACGAAGAAAAUGCCAUUCCAGCUUAUGCUGUGGAUGAACGAGUUCUGGGCCUUGACUAUCCUGUGGAUGCGGUUCGUUUUGAUUUUAAGCUACCUGUUAGCAAUGUUGAAACCAAUAUCAAGUUGGAUCAGCGCCUGGAAGUGCAGUUGGUGAAGGUGGACAAUCCACACAACUUCAAUUUUUGGAUAUAUAACGAGGAGUAUCAUGACUAUAGUGCCCUGAGCUCCAACAUGCAAAUGUUUUACGAGAGUCGUGAUUCGGAAAAGUACACCAUGCCGCUGUGCUUGAUAACCACAGAUCAUCUUUGCGUUGUGCGCUCCAACAAAUGGGGCAAGUGGGAAAGGGCCAAAGUGGUGAGGUACCGGCCCAAUAGCACAGGGAUGACAAUCGAGGUGGAGAUGGUCGACACUGGGGACUUUAUGUGCGUGAGCCACAAGGAUGUCAAGUUUCUGCUAAAGGAGUUUGCCAUGCUGCCGCCGCAGUCUUUGCCCGGUCGAUUGGCCUUUGUAACUCAGUUGAAGGCACCUGUGUGGUCCGCAGAGGCCGUUAACAUCUUCUACAGAAUGGUUACCUGUCGCAGACUUUACGCCCAGGUUGAGGCUAUUAAGAACAACACUGCCUAUCUUGUGCUAGUCGAUCCAGAACGCAAAGGGCCCAUUGUGAAUCUGAACAAGUCGCUGAUCGACUCCGGUUGGGUGCGUCGUUGCAUCACCGCAUAGG